GUCGUGCCGGGGGCCGGCUGCCCGAAUGGAUACCCGGCUGUGCCGGGAAGGCGGUCCCAGAGCGGGGAGGCCGCCAACUUGAAAGCGUGAAGGAGCCCGUGCUUUGGCCCUCGGGAAAGCAAACGUCACCUGUGGCACCUCGGUCCGUUGGAAUCUGGUGGCUGGCUGUGGGGGCAACUCUCGCUACCUGCCAACAUGUCUGCACCACGACUUCAGCGGUCGAUGUCUCGAACAGGUGAAAGUUUGUAUAAGGCAUUGGGAUUAGAGAAAGGUGCUACACCAGAGGAGAUCAAAAAGGCAUAUAGGAAGCUUGCACUCAAGUAUCAUCCAGACAAAAAUCCUGACAACCCUGAUGCAUCAGAAAAGUUUAAAGAAAUAAACAAUGCAAAUGCGAUUCUGAAUGAUGAAAAUAAGAAACGCAUCUAUGAUGAGUAUGGCUCGAUGGGAUUAUAUGUGGCUGAACAGUUUGGAGAAGAGAGUGUCAAAUACUACUUUCUGAUGAAUAAGUGUUGGUUUAAGGCUCUAGUUGUAUUCUGUGGAGUCAUCACUGGGUGCUGCUGUUGCUGUUGUUGCUGCUUUUGUUGUGGAAAAUGCAAACCAUCGGGAGAAAUGGAAGAUUAUGAUAUUAUAAAUCCUGAUGACUUGGAGGCACAGAUUAAAGCAGAACACACUAAUGAAGAUGGGGAAAAGAUCAUUAUCACUCAACCAACAAGUAAUUCGGCCUCAGUAAAGGCAGAUGAACAACAUGAGGCAUCAGAGAAUUAAGGUGUAAAUAUCUCCAGCGUUCAGCCACAGUCCGAAUCAUUGGAAUCUUGAUUAACCCAGCUGUUAUCAGGCAAAAAAUAUGGCUGCGGAAGUGAUAACUAGAAAAGGAGGUUCCAGAAUUUAUUUCAGCCAGACAUUUAAUUUUAAUUGAAUAUGUAUGUAACCAAGAUAUGGCAGUUUCCUGAGGGAGCUCUCUCACACAACCAAUGCAUUUGAAAAUUUUUGUGAACUCUACUUUUAUGUUCAUAAACUCAUCUGCAAAUCAACUGAUUCAUUCUAAUAGGAAAUAACCUAUUUUAAACAAAAGACUCAUUGUGCUUAGUUUUUUUAAAAUAGUUGAACUGAAAUCAUAACUUUAUACUUCAUUCCACUGAAUUUAUAACUGAGUAGAAAUGGUAAGGAAUUUCAACUUGCACUGAUUUUAGGCUUCAAAAUGAGAAGCUGCUCGUAAAGCACAGCUCAGUGUAAGUUAUAAAAUGCGGUUUUGGCUGGCAUGUACUUUUGCUAUGUUUAUCACCAAAGUUUGUCUUGUUCAAGGUGUAUAAUCAGAAACAGGUUUAUUAUCACUGACAUAUGUCGUGAAAUUUGUUUUGCGGCAGCAAUACAGUGCAGUACAUAAUAUGCUAUCAGUUAUAAGAAAUACAUGUAAAAAUAGUGCAAAAAAGAGCAGAAAAUUGGUGAGUUAGUGUUCAUGGGUUUAUUAUCCAUUCACAAAUCUGGUGGAGGGAAAAUGCUGUACCUAAAAUGUGUCUUCAGGCUCCUGCACCACCUUUCUGAUGGUAGCAAUGACAGGAGGUCUAUAGUAAUGGAUGCUGCCUUUUUGAGCCAUCACCUUUUGAAGGUAUCCUGAUGGUGGGGAGUCUAGUGCCAUGGUGGAGGUGGCUGAGUUUACAACCCACUGCAGUCUUUUCCGAUCUUGUGUAGUGGCCCCUCCAUUCAUCAGUUAGAAUACUCUCCACAAUAUAUAUGUAAACUUUGUUGGAGUCUUUGGUGACAUACCAAAUCUUCUCAAAUUCCCAACGAAAUAUUGUUGCUGGCAUGCCCUCUUCAUAAUUACAUCAAUAUGUUGGUCCUCGGAUAGAUCUUAGAUGUUGUCAACCAGGAACUUGAAACUGCUGAUCUUCUCCACUUCUGAUCUUUUGAUAAAGACUGGCGUGUGUUCCCUCGACUUCCCCUUCCUGAAGUCCACAAUCAGUUCCUUAGUCUUACUGAUGUUGAGUCCAAGGCCAUUGCAACAUGACUCAAUGAGUCAUUCUAUCUCACUCCUGUAUGAUUCCUCAUCACCAUCUGAGAUGAUGCCUGCAACAGUUGUGUCAUCGGCGAAUUUAUAGAUGUUGUUUGUGUUGUGUUUAGCCGCAUAGUUAUAGGUGUAGGGAGAAUAGUGCAGUGAGCUUAGCACACAACUUGAGGUGUGCCAGUAGGGAGAUUUAUUUCCGAUCUGCACUUACUGUGGUCUCCUAAUGAGGAAGUCGAGGAUCCAGUUGCGGUUUUUUUAAAAAAACUUAUUGAUUAGUACCAAGGUGUGAUGCUAAGUUGCACACACAUUUGCUGUUGUCAAGACCAAGUGAAGAGCCAAUGAAAGUGUAUCUGCUGUUUAUAUAGCAGUAUAAACACUACUAGUUGGUAGUUAUAUCAAAUUUUGUUUGGGAAUAAAAAUGUCUUUAAUAUUUCUGAUUUAGAAUUUAAAAAUAAGUUAAUUUAAUGUGCAAGAAUAUUUAAGCCUUCAAGUUUGGAAAGAUGAGAAAUGUGCAGCAGCUUUUAAUUGACCAUGUAGAUGUUCUUAUUUGAAUGACACAAAUUAUUAGAAUUAAUGUUUUAACAAAAUUAUUUUUUUUACAUUUGAUGGGUUGGUCUCUCUGUCAAGCUGUGUUCAUCUUAAAAGUAUCUGUUUGUCCUACUAGGCCGGUUCAGCACAGCACUUUUAUUACUGAUUGAAAUUUGUGCCAAAUAGUUAAUAGACUGGAAAUGUUUCUGAAAAGAUUGAUUUUGUAAGAUAUCUAAAAUCUGUGUACACUUUUAUCAGCUAUAUUGAAAAUGUAAAGUUGCCAUUUGACUCCUCUUGAUAAGGUAGUCUGACCAAAAAAUUCUGUCACUUAAAUGUAGAAGAUGAAUGUUAGUUGUGAAUUCAGUGCUGCUAUCUAUUGUCAGGAUUUUAAUUUUCUGUAAGUCAUUAUUUCCCUUCCUUUACUAUUUCUCCAAAUAAAUGUUGUAGUGUGACAACA